UUGAACAAGGAAAAUUUCACCAUCACCUUUGUUCUCUCAACAUGAAACUCAAUGUGAGAUGGAGUUGUUUACUGUGUUUGGUCCUUAUAGGAAUCGCCAUUGAAGGUGUUCAAUGCAAGGUGGUUCAGUUUAUUUUCGGGGAUUCAUUGUCGGAUGUGGGCAACAACAUGUACCUUUCAAAGAGCUUGGCUCAGGCCAACUUGCCUUUUUAUGGUAUUGAUUUUGGCAAUGGCUUGCCUAAUGGAAGGUUCACUAAUGGCCGAACCGUUGCCGAUAUCAUAGGUGACAGCACUGGUCUCCCAAGGCCACCAGCAUUUUUGGAUCCAUCAUUGACCGAGGAUGUGAUAUUGGAAAGUGGAGUAAAUUAUGCCUCUGGAGGAGGUGGGAUUUUGAAUGAAACAGGAGGUUACUUUAUUCAGAAGUUUUCCCUUUGGAAGCAAAUCGAGUUAUUUCGAGGGACGAAAGAAUUGAUUACGAACAAACUCGGUAAACAAGCGACCGACAAAUUUAUGGGAGAGGCUAACUUUGUGGUGGCAUUAGGGAGCAAUGAUUUCAUCAACAAUUACUUGAUGCCAGUUUAUGGUGAUUCUUGGAAAUACAAUGACCAAACUUUUGUUCGAUACUUGAUGGAAACACUUCAAAACCAACUCUUGGUUUUGCAUAACUUAGGAGCACGGAAAUUGAUGGUUUUUGGACUCGGACCGAUGGGUUGCAUACCGCUACAAAGGGUGUUAAGUACAACAGGACAAUGCCAAGAAAGAGCAAACAAGUUGGCUAUAAGUUUCAACAAAGCUGCAAGCCAAUUGUUAGCCGGUUUGGAUAGUAGACUUCCCAAUGCUAGCUUCAUGUUCGGAGACGCUUACGACGUUGUCGAUAAUGUGAUACGGAAUCCGAAGAAUUACGGGUUUGAUAAUGCUGAUUCGCCGUGUUGUUCGUUUGGAAGAAUUCGACCAGCUCUCACAUGCUUACCGGCAUCAACAUUGUGCAGUGAUAGAAGCAAGUAUGUCUUUUGGGAUGAGUAUCAUCCAUCAGAUGGUGCCAAUCAGCUGAUUGCUAAUGAACUUAUCAAAAAAUUUGGGUUCCUUGGUGGUGGAAAUUCAAGUGCUCCUGUCCCUGCACCAGAAUCUGCCAUUGCUCCAUCUCCAGAUGAAGAAUAAUAUAUAUAUAUAUAUAUAUAUAUAUAUAUAUAACUGUAUGGUAAAAAACCAGCUUUGCUUGUAACAUGUUUGAUGAGUUUGGUGUAAUGUCAUUACUAUUUAAAUUGUUUCAAA